UUGUGCGUGUUAUUGAGUCAGACUUCAGCGGAGUUUACCCGAGAGUCGAGACUUCCGAAAGAAGAAUGACGGCCGGUUAAAGCAACAGAUGAGAUGGGUUUGCGGAGUCUGUCAGCUGUUAAACCUGCCCUCUAGACCGCUAUUUCCUCGCGCUUUGCUCUGAUCGACACGCAUGUCGCGUCGUUAUACGCGUUAAGCUGACAGCAGUUGUGCUGUAGAGAGGAAGAGGGACUGACUGCGCACUGCUGGCCCACUAAACACACACUCAACGCCGAGUCUACUUAAAAGGGCAAGAUUGUUUUGCAACAUACUUGAUAGACACAUGAAUGCUCGUAAUUUAAACACAAUCUGUUGAUUGUUGUUGCGCUUUUGCGGAUCGGUUAAGCUAUAAUCAUGGCCACAGAUGUAACAGCGACUGAAGAAGUCUCAAACCAGAGAGACUCGGGUGAUCUGAACGCCAGCAAAAGUAAUCCCGAAUCAGACACACCCAGCCGGACAUCUGAGACGCAAGAAAACAGAAGUAGAAUUAGCGCGUUGUCGUUAUCAUCAACGGUUCAUUCUGGGGAAGAACCACCUCAGGACUCCAUAGCAGGGAAUUCGCCGGAGAAUGGAGGCAGUCCGGUCCGAACAGGAGAUCCUCCGCAGGCAGCAGCGACUCCAGACAAUAGACAAAAACAAGACGCUAGGACUUCAACUCCUGCGCGAGCGCCGCAAACACUCUCUUCACCAGCCGAACACAACGGAAGUUUUGAGCACCAGGAGUCGGUUGCUACCACAGAGGCGCGGCUGAGAUUGGAAGGGGUGGAGCUAAAGGAGGAGUGGCAAGAUGAGGACUUCCCAAGGCCACUGCCAGAAGAGGAAGAUAUUCAACUUGAUGAGGGGCUUUUCACCGGCUCUUCUGGUGAAGGAGCACCUGCUUCACAGUCUUACGGACUAAACAGUGCAAAGAAAACCAAAAAGAAGCUUUUGGCUCCAGACAUCAGCCUAAACCUAGACCACAGUGAGGGUUCGGUCCUGUCAGAUGAGCUGGAUGAGAGUACAGAACUGGACCUGGAUGAUAUAGACACCCCUUCAGACAACAGCAACGAGUUUGAGUGGGAAGAUGACCUCCCAAAACCCCAAAAUGCGGACCUCUUGUGCAAAGGAGUGGAGUCGGUGCAGGAGUUCACCAGUACGGAGGAUCGCGAGGAGGGCCGUCGCUGGAGAGUCUUCCGCAUCGGAGAGCAGGAGCACCGGGUGGACAUGAAGGCCAUUGAGCCCUACAAGCGGGUUAUCAGCCAUGGAGGCUACUAUGGCGAUGGAUUGAAUGCCAUCAUCAUCUUUGCUGUUUGCUUUAUGCCUGAGAGCAAUCAACCAAAUUACAGAUACAUCAUGGACAAUCUUUUCAAGUAUGUCAUAGGAACUCUAGAGCUGCUUGUAGCUGAGAACUACAUGAUUGUAUACCUGAAUGGAGCCACUUCCCGCCGAAAGAUGCCCAGUGUGGGCUGGCUCAGAAAAUGCUAUCAGCAAAUAGAUCGAAGGUUAAGGAAGAAUUUGAAAUCAUUAAUAAUUGUGCACCCGUCCUGGUUUAUUCGCACCCUCCUGGCCCUCACAAAACCUUUUAUAAGCUCAAAAUUUAGCCAGAAAAUCAAGUAUGUGUACAGCCUGACAGACCUGGCUGAGCUUGUCCCGAUGGAGUAUGUUUCCAUACCAGACUGCAUUAAACAGUUUGACGAAGAAAAAAAUAGGAAAAAACAUAAAAGGUAUCUGUAUUUCAUUCCGGAGAUCCCUGCCGGAUCUCUGUUGACCUUGCCUGAAUUGCACAAAACUAACAAUUAAUCGUUUGGCUUUAUUAAGUGUACACCUUUACUUGGUCACUGAACCAAAAGUUGCUUUUUGAGCUUCUUCUUUGAUUGUCAUCAAGAUGCUAAAUUCCUUCUGUGCGCCAUCUAACUAUAAUCAUUUGUUGUGAAUGCAGCUC